AUGGGUCAGGUCUAUAAAAGAGGAACGUGCACUCCUGGUUACUAUGCUUAUGUAAGUACUUGGGGAUGUUGUCCUCAUGGUUUCGAUUGUACUGCAGCAAAAUCCACUAAGACUUAUCAUUAUCAUACAUCAACAUCAGAGAAAAGUGCACCUACUGUUGGACAAAUAAUUGGAUACAGCAUUAGUGGUGUAGUUGGCUUCAUUUUCCUAGCUCUUUUUAUGGUGACCGGCUAUCUAAAGUGUACUAAACAGUCAUGUGACAGACCAGGACAAGUUGGAGAAAUGGACACACAGACUGGUGGUCAGAAUAGUGCAACAACGUCAAUGCGAUAUUAAAAAACAGUA